GAAAUAGGCAGUAGGAAACAUACUUAUUAAUAAAAAAUUUCGUGAUAUAAAUAGACAGACAAAACAAAUAACAGCACAUUUUAAUACUUAAUUCGAUCAAAAAUGAAUAAGUUAAGAUUAAUAUCAUUUUUUACUAAGAUAGAUAGUAACUUUUUACAAGUUAAUUAUUUCCCAAAAUUUGUAUCUAAAGCUGGUUUCGCGAGACUGUCCGAAGUUGGAAGGUUUGAACCACCCAAGUUAGACGGAAAGUAUGAUACUGGACAACUUUUCCUGCACAAAGUUUUUGGUUAUCGUGGUGUAACGCUUUUUCCUUGGACAGCAAGAGUAUUUGACAGAGAUAUUCUAACAAAAGAGGAAAAUAAGGAAAAUGAGGAAGCCAGUAGCGGCUAUAAUCAUAUUGGUAAAGAAACAACAAAAAGUCACAACCACAUAUAUUACCAAGUUCUUAUUGAUUCAAGAGAUUGCCCAUAUGUUCGAACCCAAACAGAAGCUGUAACAUUUUUAGGAAAUCAAGAUAACAGUAGAUCUCUGUAUGCAAUACCUGGUCUUGAUUAUGUAGCCCAUGAAGAUAUAUUACCUUACACCAGUACAGAAAAGACCCCAAUAGCCCAUGAAUUAUUUGAUAAAUUCUUAAUGUACGAUCCUGAAAAAGAUCCUCCAUUUAGCUGUAGAGAAACAUUACGAGCUUGGCAAGAAAAGAAUCAUCCUUGGUUAGAACUUUCUGAUGUACAUAAAGAAACGACUAGUAAUAUCAGAAUUACUGUAAUACCAUUUUAUAUGGGACAAAGAUGGAGGUAUUGUAUUCGGUUAGAAAACUUAGGAGAUAUGGCAGUGCAACUCAGACACAGACAUUGGAGAAUUUUUUCUCUGUCUGGUAAUUUAGAAGUAGUCAAUGGAAGAGGUGUGGUUGGACAGGAACCUGUAUUAUCAAAAGUACAGCCUGCUUUUCAAUAUAGUAGUCAUGUAAGCUUACAAUCGCCUUGUGGACAUAUGUGGGGCACAUUCAGAAUGGAGAGAGAAGAUGGAUUCAGUUUUGAAUGCAAAAUACCUCCUUUUGCACUUGAAAGCAAGAAGAACUGACAUGAAGAAAAUGUUGCUUUGUUUGAAGUUAUGAAACCGGUUGAUACAUUCAUUCUAGUUCUUGUAUUAUUUAUUUUCUUUAAUGUCAAAUAUAGAUUCCUGUAUAAUAAAAGUUGUAUAAAGUUUUAA